AUGUCGCCUACUCCGGCUGACUUUGCGGCCAGGUACAAUGGCGAAAUCGAAGGCGUCAGGGCGCGCGAGUUCUACAAGCAUGUCGAAUACUAUGAACCCUUUGACAACCUUAUGAAAACGAGCAACGAGGACAUCAACUCAGGGUCGCAUGGCCGCUCCGCCUCUUUCGACGAUGCCCUUGCUGCCUACGCUCAAUUCAUCUGCCUGAGACUGCGCAUCAGCCGUUGUCUCGUCUCCUGCUUCGAUCGCAACAACCAAUACAUCCUGGCCGAGGCCACACCGACUCUCGAUCUCAAGACACACAAGGCUGACGACCCUAAAGACGAACUAUGGAUGGGCUCAGGAAUUGAGGAGCGGCAAUCACAGCUAUGCGAGCGCACUCUCGAGCUGGCCGACAACAAGCUGGACACUGAGCACGAUCGCGUUGUCGUAGUCGCCAAUGUUGAAGAUGAUGAAUGGUACAAGAAGCACAAAUCACAUACCAACAUGCCUCAUAACGUAUCCUUUUACGCCGGCAUCGGCAUACGAAGUCCCUAUGGCCCUGUCAUCGGUGUCAUCUCAAUCCUACACGACGAGCCGAAAGAUGGCCUUUCCGACUCCGACAAGACCUUCCUCGAACACAUGUCCGACACAAUCAUGUCCCAUCUCGACAUGGUCAGAUCAAAAGAAGAGCACCGCCGCACGUCACAAAUGGUUGUGGGUCUGGGCUCUUUUGUAGAGGGUAAGGACUACAUUGACAUGAACUUGCAUUCUAAAGACAUCCCCAAGAGCACCAAGGUCGAACAUCAAGGUGCCCCACCUGCAACUCCUGGAGCUUCAACUUCCAAGCCGCCAGAAAUGGCCCACAUUCAACAAGAAAACCCACCUAUGGACCCAGACGAUCUGAACGACAUGGACGAUAAUCUCAGCUUUGAAAAUCUCCAGGCUCAAAUGUUAUCGACCGAUGUCAAAUCCACUUUCCAACGUGCUGCUGGAAUCAUCAAAAAUGCCAUCGAUGUUGAAGGUGUUGUCUUUCUUGAUGCUUCUGUUGGCAGUUUCGGCGCUCUGGUUCAGUCGGUACCCGCUGCCUCUGACGACGACGCUGCUUCCUACUUUACUCGUAAUGCCGCCUCUAACAAGGAGUGUCAUGUUUUGGGAAGUGCUGGUGACACAGGUCCUGGCUUCUCUAUCACCGAAGGCUUUUUACAUUCCUUUUUGACCCGCUACGGACAAGGGAGAAUCUUCAACAUCGAUCACAGAGAGACCGAGCUGUACAUGACAAACCCCAAAACACCUGACGAGCCAGAAGAUUUUGGCCAAAAGAUCGAACCGGAAGAGGAACAGAAUUCAGACGACGAGACGCGGGAACAAGUGCGUCGACAGAGACAAACCGACAUCAAAGACCUGAGGCGCUUGUUUCCAGAGGCUCGUUCUCUAGCAUUUGUUCCCAUGUGGGACGAUCACAGAAUGCGUUGGUUCUGCGGUGGUAUUAUUUGGUCCAACAGGGAGAUACGCUUGCUGCACAAAGACUCCGAAUUGAGUUUCUUGCGAGCUUUUGGAAUGGCCAUCAUGUCUGAGGUCGCCAAGCUAGACACCGCCAUGGCUGAUAAGACCAAAUCUGAUUUGCUCAACAGCAUCAGCCAUGAGCUUCGUAGUCCAUUACAUGGUAUUUUGGGCAGUAUAGAAUGUCUGGAGUCAUCAGACCUUGAUCCAAUGCAGCACGGUCUGGUUGAGACUGUCGAGACCUGUGGACGCACACUCCUGGACACUAUCAACCAUCUUCUUGACUUCAGCAAAAUCAACAAUUUUACCCGCAACAAGUCCAAGCGUCAGAAGAAUUCAGAAACAAGACAGGCUGAUAUGUUGAGUCUCGACUCAACAGUACAUUUACCUACGAUCACCGAAGAAGCACUGGAAACUGUGUUUGCUGGCUACUCGUCUGUUGCAAGUUCUCGUGAAGAGUCGCACACUGGUCAGGCAUCUAAGCGUGCUCAUAUGACAGGGGACCGCGACGUAAAAGUCAUUGUUGACAUUGAGGCUAAGGACCAUGAAAACUGGCUACUUUGUUCCGAAGGAGGAGCAUGGAAACGCUUAGUUAUGAACCUGUAUACAAACGACGGUUUCAUCUACAUACAACUCGCUUCCCAAGAGAUGCCGAGAGAUGGCGAUGGAUCAAAGAGAAGCCGCAUAACACUGACCAUCAAAGACACUGGCAGAGGCAUAUCCAAAGAAUACUUGCAAAACCAUCUGUUCAGGCCGUUUGCGCAAGAGGACCCUCUCAACCCUGGAGCAGGACUCGGUCUCUCAAUGGUGCGACAUAUCGUCAGCAAUCUUGGUGGCGAUAUAUACGUGGAAUCCGAAUUGAACAAGGGCACUGAGAUUCGCGUCGAGGUCAUCAUGAUUGAUCCAGCUCCAAGCCCGGAAGCGAAUGACGAGGCUUUCAUCAUGACCGAAGCAGCACAAAAGCUUCACGGCCUCAAAGCAGCAUUCAUCGAUCCUCCGAUUGCGGCUGAUGGGGAAUCUUCUUCUCAACGAUCACUUCGCAAAGCGCUCGACAAGCAAUGCUGGGGUUGGUUUAAAAUCGAGUUUAGCAUUGUCAGUGGCGUGAACGAGGUUGGCGAUGCAGCAGUGGUGCUUACGACAUGUCGCAAUCUGCCGGACAUCAGAGAUCAGCUGGUCAAGCUCGGCAAACCGGUUAUUGUGCUCUGCGAGAGCAACAUGCGACUUCGACAGAUGUACGUCGCGAGCGAAACACUACGAAGAGCAGUCACGACUGAGUUUAUUUCGCAACCCUUUGGACCUCGCAAACUGGCACGCGCGUUUGUUUCGUGCAAAGAGCAACAAUCACCGCAGCUGGAGGAUGUUGUUUUAUAUCGAGACACGGAAAUCACUAUGCUGCCAAGUAUACCGGGUCCCGAUGUCGAAGAAAAUGAUGGGAAGCAACCUGCACAAUCGCGGGAACUGACGCCAUCACGAGUCACACGAAGUCAGAGCAAAGCAGCAGCUGAAGAAAGCAAAAGUUCGGCAGAUCAGAAAGACGGACCCAAACCUUUGCGUCUUCUCCUUGUCGACGACAACAAGAUCAACCUGCAGUUACUGGUCCGCUACUGCAAGUCGAAGAAACACGACUACGUGACAGCCGAAGAUGGCGUAGAAGCAGUAGAAGCNUUUUGUUCAAACCAACAAGACGCAGCGACGAAAUUUGAUUUCAUCUGUAUGGACAUCUCGAUGCCGAGAAUGGAUGGCUUAGAAGCUACGAGGAGAAUCCGCUCAUUCGAACAGAGCAAUGGCAUGGGAGCGAGUAAGGUUAUCGCAUUAACAGGAUUGGCAAGUGCAGAAGCACAGCAGGAAGCAUUUUCUUCUGGCGUGGAUCAGUUCAUGACCAAACCUGUGCGACUANNAAAAGAACUGGGCGAGGUGUUGGCUGGUAGACGAUGA